AUGCAUUGUCCUCCCAAUUGGCUCGUUGCCACGUUCUAUACUAAGAUGUCGUCGCCUUCGCGGCAGAUCAAAUGCGUCGUGGUUGGUGAUGGUACGGUCGGAAAAACAUGCAUGCUCAUUUCCUACACAACCGACUCGUUCCCAGUCACCUAUGUACCUACAGUAUUUGAUAACUACUCGGCGCAAAUGAGUCUUGAGGGCAACAUCGUAAAUUUGGGAUUGUGGGAUACUGCUGGACAGGAGGAUUAUGAUCGUUUGAGACCACUUUCCUACCCACAAACGGAUGUUUUCAUUCUCUGCUUUUCGGUCGUCUCUCCCGUCUCGUUCGACAAUGUGCAAAGCAAGUGGAUUCCGGAAAUCCGACAGCAUUGUCCAGAUGCGCCAGUCAUCUUGGUCGGAACCAAGCUUGAUCUUCGCGAGGAUCCCGAAACGAUUCGUACCAUGAAUGCCGAUGGAAAGUUCCCGAUAUCAAAGACUCAGGGACUCAAGAUGGCUCAGAGAAUCAAAGCGCUCAAGUACUUGGAGUGUUCUGCAUUGACUCAACAGGGACUAACGCAGGUGUUCGAAGACGCCGUCCGCUCAAUUCUUCAUCCGAAACCCCUCAAGAAGAAAAAGGCGUGCUCCGUCAUGUAA